ACUUCAUCAGUGCGCGUCAGAAGAGAAGAAAAAUUGCAAAUGCUACAUCUAAUAUUAUGUCAGAAAUUAGACAUUUGAAUUCCAGUUGCAUAAAUUUUGCAAAUCCAGAAGUACCUCCCAAUUCUGUAAAUACUGAACCUGAAUUACUUUCAGAACCCUCUCAAAAAAAUAUUGAACUGCCAGAGUCUGAAACAGAAAUAUUUUUCAGUAGUUGCUCAAAUAUUUCCAGUAGUGAUGAGUUGUCACCCCCUGAAAUAUCCCAAAAAGAUAUAAGUGCCCCAACAAAUGUACUUAGGAAUUGGGCAAAAAAAUUUAAUAUUCCAAAUAAUGCCACUACUGAACUUCUACAUAAUUUAAAGCCUUAUUUGCCCAAUAUACCCCUUGAUGCUAGAACCCUUCAUAAAACUCCGCGCUCUUUAAACGUUCAAAACUGCUGUGGUGGGUCGUUUAUUUAUUUUGGAAUACUGAGCAAUAUAUUGGAGAAGGCUUCAUCUGGUAUUGUUUCGAGUAACUACCCAAUUAUUGAAAAUUUAAAAAGUGCAGUUAAUCCAAACAUUUUCACUAUAUCCGUUAAUGUUGAUGGCCUUCCAGUAAAUAAAAGUAACACAAAAACAUUCUGGCCUAUUUUAGGGAUUUUAGAUCAAGCUAUUGAUAAAGUUCCAUUUGUUAUAGGGCUUUUUCAUGGUGAGUCGAAACCACAAAAUUCAAAUGAUUUUUUCGAUUCUUUUGUGAAAGAAUGCACUAUAUUAGAGGAAAAGGGAAUUAUUUUUAACGACAAAAAAUAUGUGUUUCGUAUCAGUUGCUUCAUUGCCGAUGCUCCUGCAAGAGCAUUUCUAAAAUGUAUUAUACAUUUUAAUGCAUUGCAGGGCUGUGAAAAAUGUACUCAAGAAGGAGUUCAUUUAGGAAGGACAACAUGGCAGUAUCAGUCGAAAUUGAAUCUUAGAACUGAUGAGGCUUUUCGGGAUAUGUUGUAUCCUCGUCACCAGCAGUGCCAAACUGUAAUUUCUAGACUGAAUGUUGGUUUGAUUUCUCAAGUUCCCAUAGAUCCCAUGCAUCUGAUAUUCCUAGGUAUUGUUAAAAGACUCAUUAACGUAUGGGUAGAAAAGGGUCCAAAAAAAGGUAAACUUAGUUCCCUUCAAGUGAUACAAAUUUCAAACAGACUGCAAAUAGUUGCUCAACAUACACCCACAGAAUUUUCAAGGAAACCUAGACCUCUUAAAUACUUUAAAUUUUGGAAAGCAACCGAAUUCAGAUCUUUUUUAUUAUAUUUUGGUCCCGUAGUUUUGAAAAAUAUAUUGCCUAAUCAUUUGUUUGAACAUUUUCUCAUCUUGCAUGUUGCAGUUUAUGUAUUGUGCAGCUCUGAACUAAGUAAGCAAACAUCCCUUCUAAAUUUUGCCGAUCAGUUACUUCACACUUUUGUUCGUUUCACUGCAGAGUUCUAUGCCAAAGAGCUAAUGCUAUAUAAUUUUCACAAUUUGCUCCAUGUUGUGGGUGAUGUCGCCAAUUUUGGUCCGUUAGAUGAUUACUCUGCUUUUCCAUUUGAAAGCUUUAUGAAUCGAAUAAAGAAAAUGGUACGAGGCCCAAAUAAUCCUCUUCAGCAGGUUGCUAAAAGAUUGGGGGAGAGACAGCCCGAAAAGACAACUGUUGUCUCAGUGCCUUCAAGUUGCAAGGCUGAAAACAAUUUACAAUUUAUUAAGUAUGAAGGAUACAAAAUUGGGAUCAGAAAGCCAGAUAAUUGUUUUCUCACAAAAGAUAAUAAAGUUAUUUUGGUACAGAGAAUUGAAAUUAAUGAAAGUAAUGAGUAUUACUUAAAAUGCAAUGUAUUCCUUCGAAAACUUGAUUAUUUUGAAUCUCCUUUAAAAAGCUCAAAAAUAAACAUAUUUUCCUUACACAAGCAAGUUUCGCAAGGCUCGCAAAUUUUUUCUACUUCUUCUUUAAAGUCAAAAUGCAUUUUAAUGCCAUAUUUUGAAAAUGACGAUUGGUUUGUGUGCAUACCUUUCUGCAAUACAACUAUUUCCUAAUAAGCAGGUAUUUUUCUAAGAUUUGCAAUUAAUAUAGUUUUUUGUUCAUUAGGUUUAUUUUUUCUGUUAUAUUUAAGUAACUGUUGCAAAUGCUACCCUUUUUCACAGAAAGUAAAAUUUUUUGCCUUCAAUAAGUUUUUGCCAUUUGUAAUUAAUUUCCUUUGUAGUAAUUAUUUUCAUUAGAAAUUUUCUUAACAUUUUUUUUUUUUAAUGUCAGUAAGUUAAUCGUUCAAUCAAUUAUUAAGUAUAUCAGCCAUUUUCCAAUGAACACAAAAUGAGUUAGUAGAGUGUCGCAUUAGCUGUUCAAAAUUUUUGAAUCUCUGUUUUGAAUACAAUCUCAUACAUAUUUUAGACUUCACUUGGUGAUAAAGUUUACUUUUUCUUUUGUUAAAAUUCUGUAAAGUAGAUUGUGGCUUUAGUCUUUUAAACAAGUAGUUUGCUCUGAAUAGUAGAUGGAGGGGGGGGGGUGUAGUCUGUUCAGUUUGAUUAAUAAAAACAGAUAAGAGAACUUUUUAAUGAACCAGCCUUUAAAGGGGAAGAGUUGAGUCUUUACUACCUAAAAGUGUCAUCAUCUCUUACUAUAAAAAGUUAUCAAUCUGUUAGAAAGGAACUCUUUUGUAUUUUAAAACUGAUGUAAAUAGUCAGCAAAUAUUGUGAAUGCUGUAGAAUCUCAAAGUAUUUGUUUUUUAUAAAAAAAAGUUUGCUUUUGAUUACAUAUUAAGUGUAAAUAUAUUUUUGGCUUUGCAUUCAUAUCUUAUCAGGUAAAAUAAUUCUUAUAUAAAAUUAUUUUUCAGUUAUUUAUUGAGAAAAUCGAAUUUAUUUUUGUCACAACACUUCUAUAUUUAAAAACACCAUUCAAAUGAAGUGCUAUGAAAGCAAAUGCGCAAGGUUGUAUAAAAUGUGAGACUGUUCAGUAUUUAUAAAAAUAUUUGGGAGGUACUUCUGUUUUUCAUAGGAUGAUUUUUCAUUUUUUCCUGUUCCUGUGUGUCUUAACAUCUGUUUUGAUAAAUGCUGUAUCUUUUUUGUUUCCCCAUGAUAAUUUUUCAAUUUUAGAGGAAUUCUCACCAAAAUAGGCCAAAUUAAUGUCUCAAGCUUAUACCUUGUUAUGUUUUCAUUACUUUUGAAGUUUCAACAGGAAUGCGUAAUAUGACAUUUAGAAGUUAUUUUAGUAGUUUUUAAAAUUUAAAUAUUUAUAAAUUAAUAGUGUAAUUUAAAUUUAUUUUUCGUCCGUACUUUAUACUGUCUUUAUACAAAAUUUCAAGUUUUAAAAUUUAACUUUUGCAACAUUAAAGCAUGAAUGUUAUAAUUAAUAAUAAUUUAAUUUAAAGCUCAUAUAGAGACAAAUAUGAUUUAUUAUUAAAAUAUUAACUUUGUUUUACAAACAGAACUAAUCAUAAAAUUUAAUCACUAUAUUAUGAGUAUUACACUAAAAAAGAAGAAAAGUCGGCAAAAAAUAAAUGAUUGAUCAUGGCCAAUAUAUUUUUCAUAGUAUAUGAUUCCUGUGUCCAAAAACAUUUUCGCACUGUAAAACAAUCUUUGUGAGGGUCACACUUUAUGUACACAAGUCGUGUCGCAGGUCUUGAGUAAAAAAAGACAUUAUUCUGGCAUGCAAAAUUUUAUUCUUUUUUUUUUUUUGAUAUAUUUAUUGCUAGAACUUAUUUCUCUCUAAGAGACUAACUCAUAAAUUUUGACACGGUAGGUAGUCUUGUUAAUACCUGGUUUUGUAUUUUUGUAUUUUUUUUCGGUUGGAUGACUGUAUUCAAAACCUUGUUAUUCUUUUUGUAAGAAUUUACGGUACACUGUCUUUUAUAAAUGUCGCCCUUUUACUGCAAUUUUUUUUCUUGUGUGUUUUGUGAAUAUGUAAUAAAGGUUACUUGAAAUGCUUUUGUUGUGUAUAAUUUCUUUUGCAGAAUAAAUUCAUGUUUCAAGAUGGAAAUGCUUAUCAAUUUAAAAUUAAUUUUGAAACAAAUUCUUAUUGAAUCCAAGCCUUAAAAAUACUAGUAAGCUGAUUUCAAAGCCUGAAAAAGUCAUCAGUCAGCUAUAAUUCUAAUGGAUCAUUAAAAACAAAAAAAUUAUGCUGAG